UUAUUAAAAAAGUAAAAUCAGCCACCACCCUGUCAUUUUGCAGCGGACCUAACAGUAAAACUUCAAGUGGAUUGACAUAUCUCUUCCUCAGUCUCCCUCCAAAGUCCAAAUACCCAAAUGUAAGAGCGGGAAAACCAGCAUUUACUUACUGUGCUGAACAAAUAAAGUCUCUAGAAAAACCCUAGAUUAUUAAAUUCUGAUCUGCAAUGGCUCCGAGGAAAAAAUCAAUUACAUCAUCUUCAAUCAAGAAAUCUAAUCAAACUCCACAACAAUCACAACCUUCGAUCGAACGUCUCUUUAAGCGUCACACUCAAAACUCUCAAAAACCUAAAAAUGUCCAAAAUUCGCAGACUUCAACAACUCCGAUUAAUAAUCCACCAAAAAUCUCAACUCCUCCAGAUCUCCCACCUAUUUCUGAUGCUAUCUCACGUGUUAAUGUUGUUGCGGAUGAAGAAAUUUGUGAGAUCUCACCUGAAACUUCCAAAUGUGUUAGCUUUAAGCGCUUCAAGUUCUCACCUGGAAUGUUAAUUAAACAAAGUCAGGAUGAUGGAGUCGAGGAAGUGACAUGGAGGGUUUCUCCAGUUAAUGACCGGCUUCAGGCAGUGAAUAAGCAUUUUCCAGAUACAAUUAGAGUCCUAGCAAAUGCUUCGAAGCUGAAUGCUUCACAUUUUCGUCAAUGUUCAAAUAAAGAUAGUUGUAGUACCACUGGUGCAAAGCUUGAGACAUGGUUAUCUUCUCCAACACUAAAGCCCAUAGAAAGGUCUUUGAUGUUUUCAAAUGAGCCACCUUUGAGAGAGGUUGAUCAGAAUCAGGAUAUGGAGGUUCAUAUCAGCCGUGGAAGCACAAAGGAUAAAAAGAAUGUUACGGCAGUCAGUCAGCAGAGCCCGUUCCACACUCCACCUUCUCUAUCAUAUUCCUCAGACGUGCCUGUCAAUGGUAGCAUGUGCAAAGGAGCUUCUGAUCAGCUGGGUUCGCGGCAGCAUAGAAAGGCAUUGCUUGAACUUUUGGAUCAAGUGGAAGACGUAAUUGCCGUGGAAGAUUCAGUGCCUCAUAAGCUAGUGAAGCCUACUAAAAAUCACGAUUUAAAGGGUGGACAAUUAUCUAUCAACUCUAAUCCUCGACCCAAUAUACCUCAAAUAGUUGAUUCUCUAUAUUCUAAUCUAUUCUUUCUUGUACUAGAGGUGUCUGAGAAGCAUAAGACUGUAAAUUCAUCAUCCUCGAGUCCUGUUAAGGUUCUCCGCUUACUGAAUGAGAAAAACGGGGAAGAGCGGACUUUGCAUUUGCAUGAUGAAUGGUUUAAUAGCGUGGUUGGGCCUGGAGAUACAGUUCAUGUGGUGGGAGAAUUUGACAACCAAGGAAAAUGUGUUGUAGACCACAGCAACAAUCUGCUUAUAGUUCACCCUGAGAUACUGCUUUCUGGAUCACAGGUUUCUACUAGUUUCAACUGUGCAAGGCGAGCUGUGCUGGAUGAGAGGCUAAAGAGAAAUGAGUAUUCAGUUGCACCAUUAGUUGGUGUCUUGCUUCAUGAGAUUUUUCAGGCUGGACUGGUUAAGGAGCACCCAACAAAAGAAUUUUUGGAGGAAUACGCAAGAGUAGUGCUCCACAAAAACUUAGAGAGCAUGUAUGCCUGUGGAGUAAAUGAGAAUGAAAUUCACAGAAAAUUGAUUGAUGCAAUCCCGAAAUUGCUAACUUGGUUUAGGAGCUUUAAAAAUUUGCAGGAACCUAAAGGUCCCACUGUUGAUUUUGGAUCGAAAAAUGAGUACAAGAAUGUAAAUGUGGUUGAGGUUAUGGAUAUUGAGGAGAUGGUAUGGGCACCAAAAUAUGGCCUGAAAGGAAAAUUUGAUGCAUCUCUCAGAGUAAAAGUGCAUACAGCUCAAAAUGGAUCCUCUGAGAAAAUUAUGCCGUUAGAAUUUAAAUCUGGAAAAGCAACCACUGGCCAGUCUUUUAUGGAACAUAGUGCUCAAGUGGUCUUGUACACCCUUCUUAUGUCCGAGAGGUACCUGCAGCAUAUAGGUUCUGGUCUUCUUUACUAUCUCCAUACAGAUCAAACACAGGGAAUUGUGCCUCAAAGAUCUGACAUAAUUGGGCUAAUCAUUCGUCGCAAUGAAUUAGCAAAUGAUAUCCUAAAGGCAUCAACUGUACAACAGUUGCCUCCAAUGUUACAGAAUCCAAAUUUGGUGGUAAUCAGUAUAAAAGAUAGCGUCUUCUUACUCGAUGUUUUACUAUCUCAGUCGCAUGGUGGUAACAAAGAUAGCAGUGGACUGCCUGAUCUUUUUGAUGCACAUGUCGAACAUUUAACCAGGGCACACAGUGAUUUCUUGCGACACUGGGAUCGGUUGAUUGAUCUGGAAGCUAAUGAUAAACUGCUAGCAAAGAAAGAAAUCUGGCAUUCUCAGUCUUUAAGAAGUGGGCGCUCAACUAAUGGCCUUUCUUCUCUAAUUCUUGAUGAUUCAAAUGAAUUCUUACGUCACAAGUCUCCGAAUGACAGCCAGUUUGUCUAUCGCUUUGUGCAACGUGAUUCGCAAGAUCCAGAAAUGACUGAGGAGACUGUUGGAAGUUGCCCUUCUUUGAUGGGAAACUUGGAAUGCACACUCAGAACCGGGGACUACAUUAUACUUAGCACGGAAUCUAGACGCGUGGCGUUGGCGAAAGGAGUUAUCACCGACAUUAUUCGUUCUCAUGUUUCGAUAUCCUUUCCCAAAUGUUUGAGGCUUCCCUGGAGCAAACCUUCUUCAGAGACCGAAGAUCUCCUUCAGGAAGUUUGGCGGAUUGACAAGGACGAAUAUACUGCAUCAUUCGCAAUUAUGAGAUUCAACCUCACGCAACUGUUUCUACAAAGUACAGAAAGUACUCACCUUCGGAAGAUGAUUGUUGAUCUUGAGGCACCGAGAUUUGACAGUGGAGUUAUACUUAGUCAAGAUCCAGCAGUAGCUUAUAUACGGUCAGAGAAGAAUUUGAAUGACGAUCAACGCAGAGCUAUUCACAAGAUACUCACAGUGAAGGAUUAUGCCCUUAUUCUAGGAAUGCCAGGGACAGGCAAAACAUCCACCAUGGUGCACGCCGUGAAGGCUUUGUUGAUGAGAGGUGCAUCUAUUUUGCUUACAUCCUACACAAAUUCCGCUAUUGAUAAUCUACUCAUCAAACUGAAAGCUCAGGGAAUCGAUUUUGUACGACUUGGAAGAUCUGAAGCAGUGCACUCGGAAAUUCGCGACCAUUGUUUUUCAGCAACGAAUACAUGCAGCGUGGAGAGUAUUAGGUUAAGAAUGGAGCAAGUGAAAGUUGUUGCAGUAACUUGUAUAGGGAUAACCAAUCCCUUGCUUGCCAAGAAACGGUUUGAUCUGUGCAUAAUGGACGAAGCUGGACAAACUACCCUUCCUGUAUCUUUGGGGCCGUUGAUGUUUGCUUCAAAAUUUGUUCUUGUUGGAGACCAUUACCAGUUACCGCCACUCGUUGAGAGCACAGAGGCUCGAGAGACUGGUUUGGGAGUCAGCUUGUUUUGCAGGCUUUCAGAAGCACAUCCACAAGCAAUUUCAGCUUUACAAAGCCAGUACCGAAUGUGUUCUGGUGUGAUGGAACUAUCAAAUGCAUUAAUAUAUGGUAAUAGAUUGCGUUGUGGUUCCUCCCAAGUAGCAAAUGCGAAACUUAGAUUUUCGAGUUUGAAAUCUAGUACAUCAUGGUUGAAAGAGGUAUUGGACACAAAAAAAUCCGUAGUAUUAAUUAAUACAGAUAUGCUGCCUGCAUUGGAGGUAAAAGACAACAAGACGGUCAAUAACCCAACAGAGGCUUAUAUUGUAGCUGAGAUCACAGAAGAAUUGGUGAACAGAGGUAUUAUUGGGGAAGAUAUUGGCAUCAUUACCCCUUAUAACUCACAAGUGAGUCUCAUCAGACGUGUUGUUGGAACAUUGUCCGUGGAGAUACAUACCAUUGAUAAAUACCAGGGCAGGGAUAAAGACUGCAUAAUUGUAUCAUUUGUAAGGUCUACAGAAAGUCCGAAGGGCUGCAGUUCUUCGCUUCUUGGAGAUUGGCAUAGGAUUAAUGUAGCUCUCACACGUGCCAAGAAGAAGCUAAUCAUGGUGGGAUCCUGUAAAACACUCUCAAAGGUACCACUGCUUAGGCUUCUGAUUGAGAAAGUGGACGAGCAAUCAGGGAUUAUGAAUGUCUCCAAGAAGGAUAUUCAUCACUUUAGUGAGCUCAAAAGAUGCUCCUCCAAGACCAUUUAAAAGAGUGUACAUUAAUUGCAAUUGUAAUUCAUCCAUUUCUCUGUAUAUUCAUAGUUUUGUUGUUUCAUCUCCAAAGAAAGAAAAAGAAAAUGUAAUUAUUGUGAGCUGCGAAAGAAGUCAGCCUUUUUGGUGCUAGCUCAAAAAUUAACCACUUGCAAUAUUUAGUUUUUAUUAAAAUUUAGUCACGUUACAAGGGUGUGUUCGGGGGUUAUUUUUGUAUUGUUGGUUGUAACCAUAUAUCUUUUGGCUGAUCGACAAUGAUAUUUUCUGAAUUUGAGAA